AUGUCCUCCAAGACCCCCGUCCUUACCGAUAAGGCCCCCAAGCCCUUGCCCGGCAUCUACAGCCAGGCAAUUAUCGCCAAUGGCAUGGUCUUCUGCUCCGGCGCCGUUCCCAUGGACCCUGUCACCAUGAAAAUCAUCGACGGCGACGUCCAGGCUCACACACACCAAUGCAUCAAGAAUCUGACUGCAGUUCUUGAAGGAGCUGGCACCACUAUUGACAAGGUUGUCAAGGUGAACGUCUUUCUCUCUAACAUGGACGACUUCGCUGCCAUGAACGAGAUUUACUGCCAGUACUGGGGCGAGGUCAAGCCGUCCAGAACGUAG